GAGAGCAAAAUAAGGAAAAUAAAGAGGCCUUUCUUUCUUGCUUUUCAUGUUCCUGCUCUCCUGACCAUAACCCAAGGCCUUCUCUUUUAGUAUUAAUACUAAUAGUAGUAGUACUAUUUCUAGAAAGAGAGAAAGAUGAAGGAACAGGGAAGUUCAGGCAUGGCUGGUGAAGGAGAGAGUGUGACACUGGUGGAUCUCAAGAAGAAGAUGGCAGAGUUUGCAAGGGAACGUGACUGGGAUCAGUUUCACAGCCCCAGAAACCUCCUUCUUGCACUGGUUGGAGAGGUUGGGGAGUUGUCUGAGAUUUUUCAAUGGAAGGGUGAGGUGCCAAAAGGGUUGCCAGGAUGGGAUGAGAAGGAGAAGGAGCACUUGGGUGAAGAGCUCUCUGAUGUGCUUCUUUAUUUGGUUAGGCUUUCAGACAUUUGUGGUGUUGAUCUUGGUCAAGCUGUUUUGAGGAAAAUGGAGUUGAAUGCUUCCAAGUAUCCUGUUCACCAUUGCACAAUGCCUUCUUCUUCUUCUUCUUCUUCUUCUUCUUCUUCCAUGAGGAACAAGAACACUGUCCAUCAUUCUUCUAAUAAUGGUAAUACAAACCUCUGAAGGUGCUACCAAUAUUGGCCUCUAUAAACUGGUUUCAUGGCUUCUUUUCUUAUGCUUUCUUGUUUUAUGUUGUUGAUGUGUGUGUCUCUGUGUGUGGGUGUAUAAAUCAUGCAUUGUUCUGAGUUUGUUGUAUUUUUAUAUUCAACACUAAAGAUAUUCUCAGUUUGAUUCAGGAAGAAUCAAGGUA